AUGCGCCAAGCCUUCAGCGCGGAACUUCCCCAGCCGGCUGUCUACACCUUCAUCCUGGGAUGUGGCCAGCAUUCCCUGAAGCAGUACAAGAUUGAGCUUCGGAAGGCAUGCUUGGAGGGCCUCCGAGAUGCAGGAUUUCAGGAAGACCGGCAUGCUUCAGACGGAGCCCAGGGGAGAUUCAAGGCGAUCGAUGAUCGGGACCAUGGGAUGCACAUGGUGCGGGUCUUCCCCAAGUUCGACUCUUCGGCUUCCUUGCCUGUCGAGGCUUUGGAGGAGGAUGUGAAAAGCAUGGAAGCCGAGCUUCUCGUCGAUAGAUUGCAGCAGAGGGCCAGCAGGAACGAACUGGAGAAACUGAGCUUGCUGGGUCUGGGGGAGUUUUUGGGCGAGCUGCUGCCGGUGCUCCUGGCGGGCCGCCGUGGCCGCAAGCAGCUAGACCUCGGCGAGGAGCCGGAAGUGUUGGAAUCUCGAGCAUCGGAUGUCCUCGAGGAUUUGCAGGAAGCAUGGAAGCUGGCUUGGAGCGGGCUGCAAGGCGAGCUCGCUGCGGCCCAGAGCCUCACCGCAGAGACCAAAGCAGCCUGCUGCUUCCUCUUCUCGGAGAUGGAGGCGCAGCCCAGCAAAGCUGGCAGCACGAAGCUACAAGAGCUCCGAAGCAAAGCGGAAGGCCUCCCCACUUGCCAGACGGAUACAAAGAAGUCGCCGCAAGAGAAGAAGCUUGAGCAGGCAUUGAAGCCGAUCGAGGAGAAGCUGGACCGCUGGAGCCGUGGACGGCACCAGUUCCGCAGCCCGGAAGAGCUGAAGAUCACGCAGCUCCAGAAGGAAAAGCUCCAGCAGAGCCUGGCAGAGCUAAAACAGGAGAUUUACCAG